GAUUAGAAAUUGGCGUCAGAUUUCGUUUUAUGGAACACAGGUCGGGGGUUAUCAUUUUCGGAUCAACUCAAAGUUUUGUUUAGUACCAGUCUGAUCUAUAAAAUGGAUGUUUCGUGUUUAACUGCUUUUCUAUUUUUUCUUAAUGUUGUUACAGGCAAAGUAAUUACUGAUAACGACAAGACCAAGUUGAAUGUUGAUGAUAUAACCUGCUGCAAUGAAAACAACAUUGACCUAACGGUUUUCAUAGAUUGGUUUGAUGAGAGGUUCUUGUUGCCCGAACAUGAUCCACUGGUCAACAAAUUUGCAAAGUGUUGGAUGAAUAAAAGAGGGUACGUCAGCUCGGAUGGCGUAAUGAAUGAGGGUUUGUAUCGGGAAUGGAUACGCGCGACAGUCUUCGGCGGAAUCGAUUUGGCUACCUUAAAAGAAACUGAAGUGAGGAUCAAAACAAAGCUGAUCAAUGACAUAAUUCCAUCGUGUAAAGAUCGCGUAAAGUGCUCAGGCGAUGACUGUAUUAUUAUUUUCUAUAAUUGUGUUGCAAACAAAGUAUACAAUAUAAUGCAUCUUUAAGUAACAGCGCAAAGUACCUAUCUACCAUUUUAUGCAAUGUAAAUAAGUGGAUGAAACCUUACAAUUAAAUAAAGUUAGUUAUUCCAG